GACCCCAAAUUACGGGAACUUUUGGAUGUGGGGAACAUCGGCCGUCUGGAACAUCGCAUGAUAACAGUGGUGUAUGGGCCUGACUUAGUGAACAUCUCCUAUUUGAACCUCGUGGCUUUCCAAGAAGAAGUGGCCAAGGAAUGGACAAAUGAGGUUUUCAAUUUGGCAACAAACCUGCUGGCCCAAAACAUGUCCAGGGACGCAUUUCUGGAAAAAGCCUAUACUAAACUUAAGCUGCAAGUCACUCCAGAAGGGCGCAUUCCUCUCAAAAACAUAUACCGCUUGUUUUCAGCAGACCGGAAACGAGUUGAAACUGCUUUAGAGGCUUGUAGUCUUCCAUCAUCAAGGAAUGAUUCGAUACCUCAAGAAGAUUUCACUCCAGAAGUGUACAGAGUUUUCCUGAACCAUCUUUGUCCUCGACCUGAAAUUGAUAACAUCUUUUCCGAAUUUGGUGCCAAAAGCAGACCAUACCUUACUGUUGAUCAGAUGAUGGAUUUUAUCAACAUUAAGCAGCGGGAUCCCCGGCUAAAUGAAAUACUUUACCCACCUUUAAAGCAAGAGCAAGUCCAAGUAUUGAUUGAGAAAUACGAACCCAACACUAGCCUCGCCACAAAAGGACAGAUCUCAGUGGACGGGUUUAUGCGCUACCUGAGUGGAGAAGAAAACGGAGUCGUUUCACCUGAGAAACUGGAUUUGAAUGAAGAUAUGUCUCAGCCCCUUUCUCACUAUUUCAUUAAUUCCUCGCACAACACCUACCUCACAGCUGGCCAGCUGGCUGGAAACUCCUCCGUCGAGAUGUACCGUCAAGUGCUCCUGUCUGGUUGUCGCUGUGUGGAGUUGGACUGCUGGAAAGGACGGACUGCAGAGGAGGAACCAGUCAUCACCCAUGGGUUCACCAUGACAACUGAAAUAUCCUUCAAGGAAGUGAUAGAAGCCAUCGCUGAGUGUGCAUUUAAGACUUCACCUUUUCCAAUUCUCCUUUCAUUUGAGAAUCAUGUGGACUCCCCGAAGCAGCAGGCCAAGAUGGCAGAGUAUUGUCGGCUGAUCUUCGGGGAUGCCCUUCUCAUGGAGCCCCUGGAAAAAUACCCACUGGAAUCUGGAGUUCCUCUUCCAAGCCCUAUGGAUUUAAUGUACAAAAUUUUGGUGAAAAAUAAGAAGAAAUCACACAAGUCGUCGGAAGGAAGCAGCAAAAAGAAACUCUCAGAACAAGUCUCAAACACGUGCAGUGACUCCUCCAGCGUGUUCGAGCCCUCGUCUCCCGGAGCCGGGGAAGCUGAUACGGAGAGUGACGACGAUGACGAUGAUGAUGACUGUAAAAAGUCUUCAAUGGAUGAGGGGACUGCUGGGAGCGAGGCCAUGGCUACAGAAGAGAUGUCUAACCUGGUGAACUAUAUUCAGCCAGUCAAGUUUGAGUCAUUUGAAAUUUCAAAAAAAAGAAACAGAAGUUUUGAAAUGUCUUCCUUCGUGGAAACCAAAGGACUUGAGCAGCUGACGAAGUCUCCAGUGGAAUUUGUAGAAUAUAACAAAAUGCAGCUUAGUAGGAUAUAUCCAAAAGGAACUCGUGUAGAUUCAUCCAACUAUAUGCCUCAGCUCUUCUGGAAUGCAGGCUGUCAAAUGGUUGCCCUUAAUUUCCAAACAGUGGACCUGGCUAUGCAGAUCAAUAUGGGGAUGUAUGAAUACAAUGGGAAGAGUGGCUACAGAUUAAAGCCAGAGUUUAUGAGGCGACCUGACAAGCAUUUUGAUCCAUUCACCGAAGGCAUCGUAGAUGGGAUAGUAGCCAACACUUUGUCUGUUAAGAUCAUUUCGGGUCAGUUUCUUUCUGAUAAGAAAGUCGGGACAUAUGUGGAAGUGGAUAUGUUUGGUUUGCCUGUGGACACGAGGAGGAAAGCAUUUAAGACCAAGACAUCCCAAGGAAAUGCUGUAAAUCCCGUCUGGGAGGAAGAACCCAUUGUGUUCAAAAAGGUGGUUCUUCCUUCACUCGCCUGUCUGAGGAUAGCAGCUUAUGAAGAAGGAGGAAAAUUUAUUGGUCAUCGGAUCUUGCCAGUACAAGCAAUUCGGCCAGGCUAUCACUACAUCUGUCUGAGGAAUGAGAGGAACCAGCCUCUGAUGCUGCCAGCUGUCUUUGUCUACAUAGAGGUGAAAGACUAUGUUCCAGACACCUAUGCAGAUGUGAUUGAAGCUUUGUCAAAUCCAAUUCGAUAUGUGAAUCUGAUGGAGCAGAGAUCUAAGCAACUGGCUGCUUUGACACUGGAAGAUGAAGAAGCCAUAAAGAAAGAGCCUGAUCCUGGGGAAACAUCGUCAGAAGCUCUGAGUGAAGCCGGGACGACUCCAGCAGAAAAUGGAGUAAAUCACACUACAUCCCUGGCACCCAAACCUCCUUCCCAGGCCAUCCACAGCCAACCUGCUCCAGGCCCUGGAAAGGCACCUGCCAAAACAGAAGAUCUUAUUCAUAGUGUUUUAACAGAAGUGGAAGCGCAGACUAUUGAAGAGCUAAAGCAACAGAAGUCGUUUGUAAAACUUCAAAAGAAGCACUACAAAGAAAUGAAAGAGCUGGUUAAGAGACACCACAAGAAAACCACGGACCUUAUCAAGGAGCACACUACAAAGUAUAAUGAAAUUCAGAAUGACUACCUGAGAAGGAGAGCGGCUUUGGAAAAGACAGCCAGGAAGGAUAGUAAGAAAAAAUCGGAACCCAGCAGCCCUGACCACGGCUCAUCAACCAUUGAGCAAGAUCUGGCUGCCCUGGAUGCCGAAAUGACCCAGAAGUUAAUAGACUUGAAGGACAAGCAACAACAGCAACUGCUUAAUCUUCGACAAGAACAGUAUUAUAGUGGAAAAUACCGAAACGAGAAC